ACCUCUCCCUGUCCAACGAUUCAAAUAAAGCCAAGACUCGGCCGCCCAACGAACCCAACUCUUCGCAAGUGGCCCUCGCUCCCAGCACGCUUUUUACUGUAUUGUACUUUCGUGCGCAACUCUCUUCCGUGAUACGUAUCUCUAAGAUCUAGAUCUAUCGCAUCCCGUCGUCCCAUAAAAGCCAUGGCCGACGUGCAACCACCCCCUCGCACCUCCUCCGCCCUCGCCAACAGGGAAAUCGAAACGGACAAGGAAACCACCUCCCGCCCGGCGACCACCCACUUCCCCCCAAAACCCACCCACACCCUCUCCACCGACACCGCUGACAACAUCCCCCUCGGCGUCGUCGCUGCAAACCUCCAACACACCCCAAUCCCGCAACACCACAUCCCCGCCAACGGUCCCACCGCCCGUCUCCUCGCCUCCGACUCUCCAACAUCCCCCAUGAUCCCCAUCCCGGUCCUCGCACAAGCCGAGGGCCACAUCGCCGACGCCGAAUUCGACCCAACCACCGGCGAGGCCAUCAGCGACCCUGUUGUACCCAUCAUCCUGGAUGAUUACAGCUCGAGUCGCAGUGGGAGCUUGAUGGGCGAGAUUCCCAGUAUGGAGGGGUUGGAGCCGGAUGUCGGGAGGAGUGAUGGGACUGGGAGUGGGAGCGGCACGGGAGUGGUUGUGCAUGACGUGGAUCAUCACACUGCUCUGGGCGAGUCAGAUGUCAGGAGGGAUGAAGGCUCGGAGGAAAGGGCGAGAAGGCUGGCUAGGGAGGCGAUCUUGGGAUCUUUGGAGGCAUCCUCACACUCGACGACCCACCUCCCUCAGACGGCAAAGACUGGAUCCAACACAGAUGCCGCUGCACAGAACAAGGAUGGAGAGUCCAAGUCUUUGCUUACCACCAUACGUGAUGAUGCGGCGAUUGCGGUUAGCGCUAUCAAGGCGACGGCCGCUUCUGCCUUGCCGCGCAAGAAGGAGGGGUUGGAGGAAGAGAAGCCGCAGAAGGAAGGAGAGAACAAGUCGUUGCUCAAUACGAUUCGUGAUGAUGCCGCGAUUGCAGUCACCGCUAUCAAGGCGACUGCUGCUUCUGCUUUGCCGCACAAGAAAGAGGGAUCCGAGGAAAAGUCCCUGCCUUCUUCUGCUGAUGCUCCGUCGUCCACCGCUCACGCGUCCGGCACGACUGCCGCUUCACCCGGGCCGUUGUCGCAGAACACAUCUUCUGGAGGGGCAGCCACCCGAACCGCUCAACCAGGCGAGAUCCCUCGCUCCUCAAUCGCAAAAUCCCAAGACACCACCAACGACAAAACUGACAUCAACGAAACCCCUACCUCCGACCUCGAAGGCGUCCGAACCGCCCCAGGCGUCCACGAAUCUGAAAAGGAGCUCAAAACCGUCGCCUCAGGCACACCCUGGGCAUUUGCCCGCUCCGCCGCCCUCAAAGAGAAAUUCCAAGGCUUGGAGUCGCCCAUCACCGAUAUCCCCGGCACACCCGAGAACCCUAAACGUGAUGAACAUUAUCUUUCCGGCACCUUUCGCAGCUGCGAGCGUAGCCAAGCCGAGCUGGAGAAACACGUCCUGCCGAAACUGGCGCAGUUCCUGAUGACGAGCGACCCCUUCGUCAACGUCGGCUUCGUCACCGUCUUCGGCAUCGUCGGCUGGUGCAUCGGCAACUGGAAUUGGUCCUGGCUCUGGGCCCUCUUCCUCGGCGUCGGGUACGCCCUCUACACCCUGCGGAUCCGCUCGACCAUGCAAAAAGCAGUCGAUUUCGAGCUCCGCCGUAACGAAGCCGUGCUCAGACUCGGCGAGAACGUCGAGUCUGCGGAAUGGCUCAACUUCUUCAUCGCACAGUUGUGGCCGAUCAUCGACCCGGCGCUGUUCACGGCGGCGAUCGAUACCCUUGAAGACCAGUUUGUCGCACAGGCCCCGACGUUCAUUACCAGGAUCCAUAUCGCGGACUUUGAACUCGGACCCCGCGCGCCCCGGAUCACCUCCAUGCAGGUCUACCCCAAAGCCUCGGGCGAAGACGCCGUCCUCAUGGACCUCACGGUGGCCUUCCAACCCUCUCCGCAAGAGAUCGCGUCCCAGACCCGCCUGAACAUGCACAUUCUGAUCAACAUCCACGUGGGGCACCCGAAACUCGGCAGCGUGGCGGUGCCCAUCAUGGCGGAGGCGGCUGGGUUUGAGGCAAAGAUCAGGAUCUGGUUGAAGAUGUCGAGCAAGGCCCCGUUUGUGAAGACGUUGAAGUUUACGCUCUUGAAUAAGCCGAGUAUCAAUUUCGCGGUGAAGCCGUUGAAGAUGGGAAAUAUCAUGAAUUUGCCGGUCCUGAGUCAGUUUAUUAUGGGGACCAUUGACAAGACGAUCGAAGACAUGCUAGUGACCCCCAAGUUAAUGUCCCUCGAGCUCGACCGCAUCCUCCUCGGCGACGCGGCCCUCGGCGACACCCGGGCCCUCGGCAUCAUCAAAAUCGUCUUCCGACAAGCCCGCAACCUGCGCGCCGCCGACUGGUCCGGCUCCUCGGACCCGUACGCGACCAUCUCCUUUGGCAACUCCACCAACUUCCUCGCCCGAACCCGAAUCCUACCAAGAGACCGCAACCCGCUGUGGAAUGAGACGCAUUAUGCGAUUGUGACCGAGGAUGAUGUGAAGAAUGGGGUGGGGUUGAGUGUCAAGGUGUGGGAUUUCGAUGCGUUGACGAGGAAUGAGGUGCUGGGGAUGUUUGAGGUUAGGGUGGAGGAGAUUGUGGAUUCGGAGGGGGUUAUUUUCGAUGGAUGGAAGAGUCUUUUGAAGAAGAAUGAAGCGAAGGAUGGCGGCGCGGAAACGCUCGCUCGCAACGGGAAACUGAACUUCCAGCUCGGGUUCUACCCCAAAGUGGACUUGAAGGAUAACCACGAGGCUGCACAGCGCUAUAAAUCCGGCAUCCUCUCCCUCCAACUCCACCAAGCCCUCGACCUCAUCCUCCGCCCGAAAGACAAGGACGGGCUCUACCCCUCCCCCUACAUCCACGUGUACUGCAACGACCUCCCCUGCUUCAAAACCCGCGUCAAGCACAACAACCCGUCCCCCGUCUGGGCCGCCACCACCGAGUUCUUCAUCCGCGACUGGUCGCGCACCGUCCUCCGUCUCGUGGUCAAAGAUGCACGGCAGCAUGAGCAUGACCCGGUGUUGGGAGUGGUGGUGCUGAAGCUUGGGGAGGUGUUUGGGAAGACGGAGGAGAUGAUGGUUAGUAAUUGGCAUGAGUUGCAGGGCGGGAUUGCGUUUGGGAGGGUGAGGUGCAGUGUGGCGUUUAGGAGCGUGAAAUUGGAGGAGCCGGAGAAUAUGAGGGGGUUCCCUGUGGGGGAUCUUGUGGUUAAUGAUGUGCAGUUGAGGGGGUUGGAGACCAUGGUUAAAGGCGAAUCCAAACCGCCCCACGUUCGCAUCCGCAUCCGCUCUCCUUUGACGGAGCCCACCAGCCUCUCCACCAAAACCGCCCAACCCGCCUCCUUCACCCCCACCUGGUGCACCACCCCGGCGUCACCCACCGGCCCCGACGCCAAACUCACCCUCGACAAAACCCCCGCCACCCCCUCGGACCCGUUAACCCUGCACCUCACCUCUCGCUACCAAACCGCCCUCCGCUUCGAAGUCGUCGCCAAAUCGGGCCCGUUGUCCCUCCGCUCCCGUGUCUUGGCCGUCGGCAAGAUGUUUGCGCAGGAUAUGGUUGACGACCAACCGCGCAAAGUCACGUUGCUGCUCAAACGGUGGAAGGGUAAACGCAAGGACCGCAAAGACGCGGGGAAGGAUUCGGAGGGCGAGGACCACCUCGAGACCACCGACAAGGACGUGCUGCUAAAAGAGAAGCGCGAGAAGAGGGAACGGAAACGUCAUUUGAGCCUCAAGAAGAGGGAGGUGGAGAAUAAGCAGUCCGCCCCGCAUCUGGAGGAUGGGGAGAUUGCCAAGGUCGAUGAGGAAAAGAGGGAGGCGUUGGAUGAGACGGAGUCUCUUGGUUCGUCCCCCGCCACACCGACACCGUCUAUCCGUGUAUCGGAAAGCAACCCGAGCCUUGCUCAAACCCAAACGGACUCUGACGCAUCCGACUCCGAUGACGCGUACUCCGACUACUCCGAUGCCGAGUUCUCCGACACGGCCUCUGUCGCGUCGGACUUUUCGGAUGUGGAGAGCGACGACGGGGUGGAUGAAGCCGAAUCCUUCCCCGUCGAGUCGAACGAGAAACUCGGCGCACCGACCACCGGGCCCCACUCCUCCCGCGCCAGCACGUCGACCACCUCAGCGAAACCCGAACUCACAUUCACAGCCGUGUUCCGCCCGGGCAAAACAUGGACACCGACCCCGCGAGAGGGCGAGGAGAUCGAACAGCACGUCUUGGCCCAAUCCUCACCCUCCUCGGCAUCGUCGCAACGUUCACACACCCUCCACCCCGACACGACCAACCCGCAGCUGUUCACCACCGAGGCCCUCACAUCCGCGCCACCUUCCCCGUCCUCAAAGAAAGACAAGAAGAAGGCGAAGGAUGCGAAUGGAGCGGAUCUGGGCGGAUCGCCGGCGGAUGAUAGCAGGCUUGCCGGGAGCAAGUUGAGCCGGACGUUGGAGUGGAGUAAGGAUACGGUGCUUGAAGGCGUGAAGAGCACGAAGCUGUGGAAGAGGGGGAGUAAGAAGAGUUUGGUGGGGGGCCAAGGGGAGUUUUAAGGAGCGGCGUUUGAUGUGAUGGAAAUUCGGGUUGAAGUCUUCUCUUCGUGCGUAUUCUUUUCACGGUAGUUGGUAGCGUUUGAUAGCUGGGGGUUCUGUGAAGCUGGUCGUCAACCCCCGCUGUAGCCAUCGCAUAUGUUUUUCUUGCAUUGUUUCUUCUUGAUUUGAUUCCGCUUUCGAGCUCGUUGGAUAGCGCUUCCCUUGUAUAUGUUUUUCUGGUUUCGUUUCAAUGCAUUUCAUUACCAAUA